UUCCCCUUCAUCCGAAGAGCUGCCAGCCAGGGGAGCGGUGGCCACAGCAGCGAGUGACAGCCAGUGCACAUGGCUGGGGACAGCAGGAUGGCCGGGAAGGUGGCGCUGCUCCUGUGGGCCCAGACCCUCAGCCUCGCUGGUGCCCAGACCACCCAGCUCCUCGUGGAGCCCCCCUGGAGGCCGGCGGUGUGGUGGGACUCGGUGACAUUGACCUGCCAGGGCUCAGGGACAGCCGGUGCCAGCACCUGGUACAAGGAUGGGGAGCGAUGGAGGCAGCAGGGACACGACAAUAUCACUGUCACCGAGAGCGGCACCUACACUUGUGACAGACCCGACACUGGGCGCAGCCCCCCUGUGAAAGUUUCAGACGUGGCAGCAGGGGUCGCUGGGGCCCUUUUGUUCCUUCUGUUCGUGGGUGUCAUUGUGGCCUGGAAAAGGUGGCACCAUGUGGCUGCCAGGAAGCAGCAGGAAAGGCCCCUCCCAGAACCCCCAGCCCCCCCAGAGGAGGGGGAGGUGCUGUACACCCACAUCGUGGUCACCAAGAGGGCAGGGGUGUCCCCCUGUGCCACCACACUCCAGGAACCCCAGGUGACCUACGCGGAGCUGCAGGGACCCCACCAGCGACCAUGUGAACCCGGUGACAUCGACGGGAAUGUGCUGUGACACUGGGGGAACUGGGACCACAGGGGGUCCCCACCCAUGGGCACCGACUCCUGUGUGGGUGCUGUCACUAAAAACUGCCCUUCUCCCUCCCUAUGGAGGAAAAAAUCCCAAAGGGCUAAUGGGAGAACAAUUUCCUGAAACAGCA